AUGAGUAUAAUUUGUACAAAGUUGUUUGAUCAAUUUAAUCAAUUAUACUCUUCUUUUAAUCCUUCAUACUUCAUAAUAGGUGUGACGGCAUUCAAUUAGGGAAUUCAGCAUUUAUCAGAUUUGGCUGUAAAUUACAUGCUAAAGGAUGAAUAUGGUUUAUCUCCAGCCAUGAUGGGAUUAUACUUAAGUUACACCACGCUUCCAUGGAUGAUUAAACCGUUUUGGGGGAUCAUUACAGACUCGAAACCAUUUCUUGGUUACAGAAGAAAAUCUUAUAUAAUAUUAUUUGGAAUAUUGGAUGCAUUGGGUUGGAUAAUGAUGUCCAAAAACAAGGAUGGUAGUUUGGUAAGUGUAUUGCUGCUGUUAUUUUUGAUUCAACUCUCAAUUUGUUUUGUUAAUGUGGUUGGUGAGGCAAUUUUGGUGGAAGUCGCAGCUUAAGCACAGAGAGAAUAACGAUAAAACAAUUUUCAACAUGGAGCAUCGAGGAAUGUGUCAAUAUUCUUUGGAGUAAGAGCUGUGGGUUCGCUGUUGAGUGCAUACUCGUCUGGAGCUCUCUUACAUUACUUCACAUAUUAACAAAGUACACUUCAAAUGAAUAAAUAGUAUUUAUGAUAACCUCAGUUUUCCCUAUGAUUCUCGUUUUUGUUUCCUUUUUUUAUUAGGAACAAAAGAUAGAUUUAAAUUCCUUGGAUCAAAAUGAUAGAAAAAACAAUACUACAUAAUGUCUGAAGGACUUUUGGUAAUUUUUCAAGAAUCCUCUAAUUUAUAAACCGGUAAUGCUAAUCUUUGCAUUCAUGAUGGCUCCCUCUAGUUCCACAAUUAUGUUUUUCUUUUAUACUGAAGUUCUUGGAUUCAAUCCUAAAUUUUUGGGAUAACUCAAAUUUAUGGUAAUGAUUAGUUUAUACUUUUUCAGUAUGCUGUAGCUUCAAUUUCUGGAGUGUUAAUUUAUAACAAUUAUCUGAGAGACAUACAAUUUCGUAAGAUAUUCUUAGUUACAACAUUCCUCUAUUAUUUAUGUUAUUAAUCAAUAAUAAUCUUGGUGACUAGGAAGAAUGUUGAAUGGGGAAUCAACGACAAGAUCUUUUGUAUUGGAGAUCAAGUGAUGUUGCAAUUUGUUGGGGAAUUGAACAUAAUGCCAGUCUUAGUUCUGGCUUGUAGAAUGUGUCCAAAACAUAUCGAAGCUACUAUGUAUGCUAUGUUAAUGAGCACGAUUAAUUUUGGUAUAAUUUACUAGUUAUGAGAAAAGGUUCCAUGUUGGGAAGUUGGUUGGGAGCUCUCUUUUUGAUUUGGAUGAAGAUUGAUUAGACAGACUAUUCCAGAUUGUGGUUAUUUAUAGCAAUAACUGGGGUUUUUAUUUUAUUGCCAUUGCCUUGGCUUUAUGUGGUGAGAGAGGAUGAAAUUCUUAAAUAAAGAGAAAAACCAUUAGAGGAAGAAGAGAAAAAAGAAGUGUAAAGUUCUACCCCUAGUACUAGCAAACGUGAUGAAGUGGAGGAAAAGGUUCCAUUAUUAUCUAAUGAAGAUAAUCCCAAUUAAUGAGAAAAU